AUGAAGAAUAUUGAAAAGUAUUCUGAAAACUGUAGAGAACUACCUACAAGUUCAUCUUACAUAAACUUGAUUGAAUCAUCUACCAAUACAACCUUACCAUCGUCAUUACUUACUUCAUCACCAUUAUCAUCGUCAUCAUCUCAACAAUUACCUAGUACAUCACAAUCAAUAUUCAAUUUAGAUUAUACUUCAACGGCUUAUAAAGAAUGGUUACAAAUUAUGAAACAUUUACAUCAUAUUGAUCAUUUAAAACAAAUUAAUGAUAAUAAAAAUAAUAUUCAAAUGGACUUACAAUCUUCAUGUUCACCAUUUACAUCGUUCAAUAAAACUAUCAAUGAUUUAACAAGAAGUAAAAACAUUGAACUAUUGAACAAUAAAUAUGACCCAUUGGAUUCAAAUAAUUUAAUAUCACAGUAUUAUUACUAUUAUUAUUACAAUUAUUAUUAUGGUUUACAAAAAUCGCAUAAAUUUCUUCAGUCACGACAACAUCAACCUGAUGAUCAUAAUUAUAACACUAAUAAUGAAGUAUAUAAGUCUGAUGGAACUACUGAGACAUCAUUAUGUGUAGAUAAACAAGACAAUUCAUUGAAACAUUUAACGCCACCAUGUUGUUCAACUUCACCACCAAUUUUAACAAAAUCUAUUGUUAAAAAUUCACAUUUAUUUUCUUCUUCAAAAUAUCCACCAAUUUUAUUUGAAGGUCAAGGACGAGUAAAUCAGUUAGGCGGUAUGUUUAUUAAUGGUAGACCAUUACCAUAUGAGACGCGUUUGAAAAUUGUUGAAUUAUCUAAUAAUGGUAUACGUCCAUGUGAUAUAUCACGUCAAUUAAAAGUAUCACAUGGCUGUGUCAGUAAGAUUUUACAACGUUAUAGUGAAACAGGAUUCUAUAUAAACUUUUGGAGAAAAAUAGUAAAAUAUCACGAUUUUAUGUUAAGUACGAUAUCAUCAUCAUCAUCAUCAUCAUCAUCAUCAUCAUCAUCAUCAUCAUCAUCAUCAUCAUCAUCAUCAUCAUCAUCAUCAUCAUCAUCAUCAUCAUCAUCAUCAUCAUCAUCAUCAUCAUCAUCAUCAUCAUCAUCAUCAUCAUCAUCAUCAUCAUCAUCAUCAUCAUCAUCAUCAUCAUCAUCAUCAUCAUCAUCAUCAUCAUCAUCAUCAUCAUCAUCAUCAUCAUCAUCAUCAUCAUCAUCAUCAUCAUCAUCAUCAUCAUCAUCAUCAUCAUCAUCAUCAUCAUCAUCAUCAUCAUCAUCAUCAUCAUCAUCAUCAUCAUCAUCAUCAUCAUCAUCAUCAUCAUCAUCAUCAUCAUCAUCAUCAUCAUCAUCAUCAUCAUCAUCAUCAUCAUCAUCAUCAUCAUCAUCAUCAUCAUCAUCAUCAUCAUCAUCAUCAUCAUCAUCAUCAUCAUCAUCAUCAUCAUCAUCAUCAUCAUCAUCAUCAUCAUCAUCAUCAUCAUCAUCAUCAUCAUCAUCAUCAUCAUCAUCCUCAGCAGCAGCAGCAGCAGCAGCAGCAUCGAUAACGUCUUCAUCAUACUUUUAA